AUGAGGUGCAUGAGGCGAACGAACAUACACGGGAGAGUUGAGUGGGCACGCGCAUGUGCACGCAGCAGUCACCUUGCACUGACAUCUCUGGACUCCAAGUCUGGUGGAUAUCUGGAUCUUGCUUGUCACCGAAGGCGAGGGGAAAGAGGCGUUGGGCUCGAAAUGGCGCUGGUUAGUCCGAGUCCCCAAGGCUUUGGCGUCGGAGUCCCGCUGGGAUUCCGACGUCGAUUCGAUUCGCGUUCGCCUUCAGCGCCUUGGGCGCCUUCGGCGCUUUCGGCGUCUUCGGCUAUCGCUUUGGCGAUUCCUGGCACUUGCGCUCUCCGCGCUCUCCGCGCACUCCGCGCGCUCCGCGCGCUCCGCGCCCGGACGCUGACACGGACGCGCGCGAUGAGGCGGACGACGCGGCGGGCGGGUCGCACGGAGCGGUUCUGGAGGAGUUUGGAUGUUCGAUCCUGGGUGAGCGGUAUCCAGGAUCCCAGCAUCCCCGCGCCCGACUCCACCCGAGCGCGCAGAGUAUGCAUUACAACGUCAGAGGUGGAGGAGUUUCGGAAGAACGGGGUGGUCUUGCUACGCGGGGUGCUGAAUGACUGGGUGCCGUAUUUGAGGGAGGUGACUGAGCACCAGAUGGCGCACCCACAGGUCUCGGCGUUUCUGACAGGUUUGCGCACCUUCUUCUCCAUGGACUACGUGCAGGCGGGCCUGUUCCUCACGAACAACCGGUACCUGGACUUUUGGAUGUCCUCCCCCGUGGCAGAGCUGGUGGCGGACUUGAAACAAGCGCAGGAGGUCCGCCUGAUCGUGGACCAGCUCAACGUGAACCCUCACUGCCCCAUGUUCACCGACCCAGAGAAGUUUCACACAGAUGUCGGGGUGAUUUCAGCCGUUGCGGAGCCAACAGACGUCGUGAGGGCGUGGAUUCCCUUGCAGAAGCCAAGACAAGGCCUUGGUACACUGGAAUUCCAGUUGCCUCACGAGCGGGUGUGCUUCGACACUGUUGAAGCUGGUGAUCUUGCUUUGUUUACCCCGACGAUCCCUCACCGUGUGAUCUUCCCACCAGACGGCGUCUAUAGCCAAGACAGAUGUGUGGUCAUUGCCUCGCUGCAUGCAUCAAGGGGUGGGUUGCACCCAGCAGCAGUGCCGGAGUUCCCCCGGAUCUUCCCGGAGCCAGACCUGGCUGAGAGCGAGGUCCGAGCCGCGCAGAGGCUCUACCCCACCCUGGACCGAUACUUCCGGCUCUGGGGCAAGCCCAGUACUCUGCUGGAUGAAUGGAUGCAAUUCAUUACCUAUGGGCAAAAGCGCUGA